CAACAACCACCGUGGACUGGUGAUGGAUUCUAGGCCCCUGAUUGGACCGGGGAUCCCCACACCGGACCCGACCACCCGGGCACCCUGGAACAUCACCUCCAUCAGUCCGGAGCGGCUCGUGGAGCUGUCCCCAGUCGCCACAACUGGCUCCAUAGUUCCAAGCCACGUGUUUCCGACAGUUGACGUCCCAAACCAUGCUCACUACACCAUUGGUGUUGUCAUCAUGGCUGUGGGCAUCACAGGCAUGCUGGGAAACUUCCUGGUCAUCUAUGCUUUCUGCAGGAGCCGGAACUUGCGGACGCCAUCCAACAUCUUUAUCAUUAACCUGGCAGUCACAGACUUCCUCAUGUGUUUCACCCAGACGCCUGUCUUCUUCCUCACCAGCAUGCACAAGCGAUGGAUCUUUGGAAAGAAAGGUUGUGAGUUGUAUGCCUUUUGUGGAGCGCUGUUUGGUAUCUGCAGUAUGAUGACACUGAUGGUGAUUGCGCUGGACCGGUAUGUGGUGAUCACCAGGCCUCUGGCAUCUCUGGGGGUGAUGUCUCGCAGGAAAGCCCUUAGCAUCUUGGCUGUUGCCUGGGUCUACUCCAUGGGCUGGAGCCUCCCCCCCUUCUUUGGCUGGAGUGCUUAUGUCCCGGAGGGUUUGAUGACGUCCUGCUCCUGGGACUACAUGACGUUCACCCCUUCUGUCCGCUCCUACACGAUGCUGCUCUUCACCUUCGUCUUUUUCAUCCCUCUCUCCAUCAUCAUCUUCUGCUACUUCUGCAUCUUCAGGGCCAUCCGACACACAACACGAGCGAUAGAAAAGAUCAACGGUGUGGGAAACAGAGACUCAGCAAAGAGGCUCCACAAGAUGAAGACCGAAUGGAAGAUGGCCAAGAUUGCGCUCAUCGUCAUCCUGCUGUUUGUCAUCUCCUGGGCCCCUUACUCCUGUGUGGCCCUCACUGCAUUCGCUGGGUACGCUGACAUGUUGACUCCCUACAUGAACUCUGUUCCUGCUGUGAUCGCCAAAGCCUCUGCCAUCCACAACCCCAUUAUUUAUGCUAUUACACAUCCAAAAUACAGGUCAGCUCUCGGCAGGUACAUCCCCUACCUGGGGGCGUUACUAUGCAUUACUGGCAGGGACCGUCUGAGCAGCAGCUUCCUGUCCACCCGCCGCUCAACCCUGACCAGCCAGUCAGAGGGCAAAGCUCCCAGCAAGGCCCGCCACUCCUCCCAGUCCGACAGCGAAUCAGCCCGUUUCUCAGACACGGAGGACGACUGCUCCUCUCGGACGACGGUCACUCGUCAAUUGUCCGCUGAUGUCAAACAGGUGCGCCAUGCCAGCCAGAGGUUAAAGGUGAGAGGUCACAGCGCAGGAGUGUUUGAGAGAACGGCCGCCCACAACCCCACCGACCCAGCCAUAUGUCACCUCUCACAGAUCACUACUCUGACAGAGCCUGAGGAGAUCUCCAUGUCGGACAUCAGUCUGCAGCCAACCAGUCACCUGCCUGCUACUCUGGAUACCGUGAUGGCGGCGUUGGGGCCAAGGAACUCCUGUAAAACAACAUCAUCGGUCAUCGUCACCUCUAUAUCCAGCCCGUCUAUACUGCACAGCCCCCCAGGUUUUCAUGGCAACCCCAAACUGAACAAAGCUUACAGCCCGGCCGCCAAUGAGCCUCUUGACGUAGCCCGGCUGGAGACGGCAGUAUUGCAAUGAACAGUUGCACAAAAGUGCAAUGGGAAUGUGUAAUUGAAUGUGUGUAUGUGGGAGUGUUUGUGAAAAACAGUAUUUUCCCAUCAUGGGAUUUUUUCUGCUGUUUUUGCUACUCAUGGCAUAAAACCAGAGCAUGUUCUCUUUAAUUAUUUUUAUAGAGCGUGCUUGAACGCCCUGUAAAUGUCAAUAUGUGGGUCCGUAUUUGCAUAGAUUUUUGUGUAUUGUUUUUUUCCGACAUAUUAUGAUGGUUGAAGAUGGUUUAUUUCUAAGCAUGAGGCAACAAGUUAGCCUUAAUGACCACUAUGGGUAAGUUUCCUCUCUAGGGAUGGGUUUUAUUAAGAUUUUUGUUUUGAUGGAUGAGUUGAAGAAACAAAAUUAUAUUUAUUCAUUGAUUUUCUCUUGAAAGUAAAAUAUAAGUCUUCGUUAUCUUCCAAUAGAUUAAAAUAAUGUUUUUGAGGACAACUGGAAACUUACCCACAUUUUUACCCACUGCUUUUGAGCCAUUUUAAAACAUUAUAUUUUAAUAUGCAACUAACAAUGCAGACUACUUUCUUUAAGGAACUGAAUAUUUGUGGAAAAGCCCAGUGAAAAUAGUUGUGGACAAAUUAACAGUUGAUAGAUUGUGUUAUUCAGGCAUCCCACUCAUGUAGAUUGUCUUUCUUAUGUGUAUAUUUGUUGAAAAAUUCUUCUCGGAAAUCUGUGGAAAAGCUCAGAUCGAUUUAUGUUGCAAAAUUUUGCAACGCGCCCUACCUCGCAAUGUGAAACGAAGUGGAAAAAAAUGACUGAAUUUGCACCUUGGGUCAUGUCACACCCCUUCACAAAUUGGUGAAAUCAUGUUGAGUAGUUUUUCAUGUUGAGUAGUUUUUAUGUGAUCAUGCUAACAAACAAAUGUAUGUGGCUCAGAGAUAGAUGGAGCGCUCAGUCUUUCUGCCCCCUAGUGGUCAAACAACGAAUUAAUGCUACUUUAAUGUGAGAUGUGCCACUUCCUAAACCGGGUAAUCCGAACCACAUACACUCAACAGGUCCCCGGAGGAUACAUGUUGUUUUCUGUACGGCUCUUCAGCAGUGAUUUUUCCAGUCCUGCAUGGUGACACAGACUUCCACAGAUCAGUUCACAAAUGUGUCACGACACCACAGUCCAUCGAGCCACACCUGUGUGAGCAUGAGUGUGUUAGGGUGAGUGUGUGUGUGUGUCCGCACCAGAGAAGUGGACUCAGUACUUUACAUUACAUUACAUUACAUUUCAUUUAGCUGACGCUUUUAUCCAAAGCGACUUACAAUAAGUGUAUUCAAACCCGAGGGUACAUACCAAGGACGACAAGAAUCAAGAAAAUACAAUUUCUUCAAAUAAAGCAAAACUACAAAGUGCUAUAAGUAAGUGCCAUUUAAGUGCUACUAAAGUGGAGCACUUAAAUGGCACUGUAACUACACAUUCCUCUUGAUGCCAUAUAACAUCUACUAUCCGAUACAAAGGAGAAAGUGUGUGAAAUGACUUCACCCUUUUUUUUAUGAUAUAUUGAAAAGGUGUGUUCCAGGGCUCUUUUCACAGAUCUCAUCGCUCACAGUUGUAGAGAAACACUUCACACAUUGUGUUUCUUUUCUCCACAUCUGGGCACUGCACCCCCCUUCGAGGCUUCUUGAACUGCUGCAUCAUUGACUAUGAUUGUAACAACCGUUCACACGUGGAAAACAAAUCUGACACGCACAGACAUAUUUGUGUUUGUCAAAUGACAAUUUAAUCAAAGAUAUUAAAAAUCUUAGUAGUAAGUGUUUCUACUGUUGCUCAUUUGUCCUCCACUCUCCAUCAGUGAAUGUACAAAUUUUAAAAAUGUGGGCAUUAUGAAAAAACACAUUAAUAUAGUAUGUAUAUGUAUACAGUAUAGAUAUAGAAAAUGUCAAUUC